CAGAUCGGAAAUGGAGAGUGAAGGGGCCUCAUCGAUACAUUAGCGGCGCUGAGUGUGAUCGAUUACCCUGUUGAUGGUGGACUGAUGUUGAUGAACGGAACCCAUGGAGACCCAUGAGGAGAAGCCCAUCAUCUACACGAUGGAGAACAAACCCAUAGUGACCUGUGCGGGCGAUCAGAACCUGUUCACGGCCCUGUACGGAUCACUGACCCAGCAGCUGCCCCGAGAGCCCAUGGAGUGGAGGAGGUCUUAUGGACGAGCACCAAAGAUGAUCUAUCUGGAGGCUAAUUUUGUCCAGUUCAAGGAGGAACUGCUUCCUAAAGAGGGAAAUAAAGCGCUGCUGACGUUCCCCUUCCUGCACAUCUACUGGACCGACUGCUGCGACACGGAGGUGUACAAGGCGUCUGUGAAGGAGGACAUGCAGCGCUGGCAGGCCGUCCUGCGUCUCCACGGCUCGGUGGAUUGGCUCAUCGUGGUGGUGGAGAGCGACAACAAGAAGAAGAACAAGACCAACAUCCUGCCGCGCACCUCCAUCGUGGACAAGAUCCGCAACGACUUCUGCAACAAGCAGAGCGACAGGUGUGUGUCUCUGUCUGACCCGCUGAAGGAGUCGUCGCGCUCGCAGGAGUCGUGGAGCUCGUUCCUCACGAAGCUGCGCACGCUGCUGCUCAUGUCCUUCACCAGGAAUCUGGGCCGCUUCGAGGACGAGAUGAGGACGCUGCGAGAGAAACGCACCGAGCCCGGCUGGAGCUUCUGCGACUACUUCAUGGUGCAGGAGGAGCUGGCCUUUGUGUUCGAGAUGCUGCAGCAGUUUGAAGACGCUCUGGUCCAGUAUGAUGAACUAGACGCUCUCUUCACACAGUAUGUGCUCAACUUCGGCGCCGGAGACGGCGCUAACUGGCUGGGCUCGUUCUGUCAGCCGGUGCGGAGCUGGAACGGACUGCUGCUGCGGCGGCCCAUCGACAUGGAGAAGCGUGAUCUGAUCCAGAAAGGAGAGGCCAGUCUGCUGGAUCUGCGCAGCUACCUGUUCUCCCGCCAGUGCACGCUGCUCAUCUUCCUGCAGAGACCCUGGGAGGUGACGGCCCGCGCGCUCGAGCUGCUGCACAACUGCGUGCAAGAGCUGCGGCUGCUGGAGGUGUCUGUGGUGAGCGGCGCUCUGGACUGCUGGGUGUUUCUCAGUUGUCUGGAAGUCCUGCACCGGAUCGAGGGCUGCUGCGACCGCACCCAACUGGAGGCAAACUCCUCCCACACCGUGGGUCUGUGGACCUACGCCACUGAGAAGCUGAAGUGUCUGGGUGAUCUGUGCGGUCUGGUGUCUGAGAACGGCCCCAACUCUGAGGACCUGAACAAAACCGUCGACCUGCUGGCUGGUCUGGGAGCAGAGAGACCUGAAACGGCGAACAGUCCUCAGAGUCCGUAUAAGAAGCUGAAGGAGGCCUUAUCGUCUGUGGAGGCCUUUGAGAAACACUAUCUGGAGCUGUCUCACGCCGCUAUGGAGAUGUACAAGGCGAUCGGGCGGCUGCGUUCGGCUCGGCUGGUCGGGAAGAGUCUGGCUGAGUUCUACAUGAGGAAGGGUGACCCUCAGAGCGCUGAGGACUUCUUGCUGGAUUCUCUGAAGUCGUACGUGUCUGAGAGCUGGAGUUUACCGCUCACGCACACGCGCAAACAGAUCGCGGAGUGUCAGAAACAGCUGCAGAAGAUGGACGAAUACCUGCAGACAAGCGCUCUCCUCGCCAGCGACACCAACCUGAGCGAUGAAGAGAGGAAACACUUCUGCCAGGAGAUUCUGACCUUUGCCAGCCAGACCACAGAGGGCAAAGGUCAACAGAAAGACGGGCGUGUGGCUCUGAGCAUGAGUUCGUUCACUCAGCUGCAGGAGCUGCGUUUCCGUCCGGCGUCUGCGCUGGUGCACGUGGGCGCCGUCCUGCAGCUGGAGCUGCGCGUCUGCAGUCUGAUGCCCAUCCCCGUGCGGGCGGAGCAGCUCGCCGCCAGCAUACACUUCACGCAGGAGCAGCCGGGCACCACGGCCCAGAAACGAGCCGCUCAGAACCCGGACGGCACCGUCACCUUCCCCGCGGCCAGUCCGGUGGCGGCGUCUCCGGCGCUGGAGCUCUGCGAGAUCCAGGAACACAGUCCGUCCGACAACGCGCUCAGCUCCGCCGGCGUGGCCUGCAAGAACAUGCACCUGCUGAUGCGUCGCCACGACAGCGCCGCCUCACUGGACACGCCCAACGCCGCGCCCUCUGCCGUCGCUAUGGAGGACGGAGCGCAGAUGCUGAAGGCCAGUGAUGUCACUCUGUCGCCUGGCAACAACAGCAUCGUCUUCACCGCACCAAGUCAGAAGCCGGGCACGUAUACUCUCCGGCAGCUGUGUGCCACGGUGGGGCGCGUGCAGUUCGUUCUGCCCCAUCUCUACCCUGUGGUUCAGUAUGAGGUUUACUCCCAGGAGCCUCAGCUCAGCAUCCAGCCGCUCACAGAGAAUCUGUUGGCGGGUUUACCGCAGCAGGUGAAGUUCACCAUCCUGACGGGUCACUACGCCGUGAAGAAGGGCGACGCUCUUCAGCUCAGUAACACCGACUCCAUGCCCGUGUUGCACUCGUCCACGUGCGGCGCCCGCAUCCUCAGCAGCAGCGCAGAGCUGCUGGGUGAAAGCGCUCUGUCCAUCCAGUCGUCCGAGAAGGUGACGAGCAUCUCUCUUCCUGUGACGCCGCCGUAUCACACGCUGGAGUUCCUGCUGGACGUGCUGUGCCAUAUCCCGUCAUCCCCCGCGCGGAUGGAGAGCGAGCGCCUCACUAACGGACAGAUCAGCCACCGCGCGCGCAGCCGAACGCGCUUCAGCAGCGGCAUGGCCGUCAUCGACCAGAAGGUGUCUGUUGACUGUCCCUGGUCCAUUUACUCCACACUGGUCUCUCUGACCUUCCACGUGCCCUUUAAAGUCAAACACUCACUGCUGUCUGCAGGACGGAGGAAGUUCAUCCAGGUUUGCCUUCAGAAUGUAUCGGACACUAACUUUCGUCUGACCAAUCAGACGCUGACUGAGAAUCAACACACGCCGUCACUGGAGCUGCUCUCUCUCAACACUAAAACACACAGCGAGGUGUUCAGUCAUCAGUGUGUGUUCAGCGUGUGGGAGGUGCGGUGGAGCGGUGCGCCGCCCGUCUCUCUGCACUGCGAGUUCUCGGCCGCUUUCGCUCCUUCAGACGCUCCGGACGCGGCGCUCAAACCCUACAGAUACGAAUUCACGCUGGAGCGCGUUUCAACGCUGUACAGCGUGCGAGCGGAGAUCCGUCCGGCCGCGGGAGAGCAGCACUGCCGCACCGGCGCCCUCUGCAGGCUGGAGGUGUCGCUCACGCGCCUCACCGAACCCAGCGACACGGAGCGCUCCGACGAGGAGUUCAGCGACACCGACGGCCUGCGCACCACCAGACUCAUGUAUGAAGUGAUUGACAACAACAGUAACUGGGCGGUGUGCGGCAAGAGUUCAGGGGUCGUUUCCAUGCCGGUGGCUGCCAUGGCGACGCACAAAGUUCACAUGGAGGUCAUGCCGCUGUUUGCGGGUCACCUGCCCUUUCCUAACAUACGUGUGUUCAAGUACCUGCCGCACCACGCCAGCCCCGUCAUCCAACCCGACACAGACUCGUGUCUGGAGAACGACAGCCUGUCUCUGCUGGACAAGACUCUGGAGGAUCAGGCGGACACGGCGAGUCUGCGCAGCCGCGGCAGCGUUCAGUCUCUGGGCAGCGGCGAGUCUGCGCAGCCGCGCGGCCCCAUGCCCAAACGCCAGGCCUUCGGUCCGGGUCAGGUGUUCAACGGCACACAGGGACGGCAGGUGUUAGUGCUGCCCGCCGCCGACCAUCACGUGAUGGAGGUCAACGUCACAUGACCCGGCGAUCGGACGCUGGGCGUCACAAACGGACACCAAUCGCCGGAGCCCGAGACUCGCCUCCGUCACGCACUUCACGAGACACGCUGGACCCGCUGUCUCUCAGACAUCCCAUAAUGCCUUGCAGCCCCUCCUCUGUGUGCUCAGGUGUGUGUGCGUGUGCGUGUGAGCGUGUGUGCGUGAGCAACACCUGCUGUACAUAAUAGAUGAGAUUUAAGAGAAUCUUCUGAACCAAAUACACUCAAUCAUGAUCAUCACACUGGGAUUCUGGGAUUUGCAUAUUUAAUUUUUUAUUGGUUUUUGGAACUGAAGGUUUCCAGGGAAACGUCAGCGCUUUAUUGACUCGGACACGCCCCUUUCUGCUGAUGUCACAUGAUUGACGACCAUCAGGACAAUAAAUGUCGUUUUUGUUUCAUGCAUAUGAAGAACAGUCAUAUUUCACUCCAUCAUUUUAGAUUAAAAUCAUGAAUGAAUUGUAAAUGAUUAAGCACACAUCAGUGAUCAUAUUUGUUAUAAUGCCCAAAACUUGAAUUCAUUGCAAAUUCAUGCAAAAAAAAAAAAAAAAAAAAAAAGCAUUAUUAUAUAUAUAUGCCAAAAUAUUAAUUAAUAUUAGUUAAUUUUAUAUUGCAAAUAUGUAGUAUAAAUGUAAACUAUAUAUUAUAAAAUAAAAUAAAAAAUAAUGUAAUAUUUAAUAUUAUUUAUGCAAAUAAAUUGGCUUUUUUGCAUAAAUUAAUUUAGAUUUUUGGCACGUUUUAAUGUCCUAAAAAUGUUUGAUUUUCCAAUUUUGGGGUGAAAUAUGACAAGGCCGUGUGUUUGUGUUUGGAUGUGUGUAAAUAUCGCAGAAAGUGUUCAGGUAGGAAUCGUUCCAGCUCUGUACAGUAACACGUGCGAUUUGACCAGGAGCGUCUGAAACACUGAAUCUGAUGACGGACAGCAGGAAGUGAUGCGUUUCUCAAAAGGAAGAGCUUUGAUGUGAAUGUCGUGUGGUUGUUCGGUCCGUCCGUGUGUCGUGUGUCGUUCGUGUUCCAAACCUGAGAAACAGAGAAGCCUCUUCACGCUGAUGUGGGAACAGCCGUGUGUCGUCAAAGGCCAAAACUUUACACGCCAUCACCUCUUGGGUUCGUCCGCUCACUAUUUAUUUCCUGGAUUCUCGUUGCUUUGCUCCGGUUCGGUUCAGGACCUCGUGAUUCUCGGCGCCAGUUCUGGACCGCGGACGGGAUGUUGCUGUCGGCCCGUGACGUCAUGGACAGUUUCCACAAGCUGUUUGUAAAUUGUCAAUCAAACAUCACAGAUUGUAUUUAGAUUAUUUAAAUGAGAAGAAUAUGUACGCAUUAUACAACGGAAAAUAUACAUAUGUUUUAAAAGGAUGUUUGUUGUCUUGUUUUUCUAUUAAAAAAACUUCUUUAUUUA